UCCUAUUCACCUGUCUUGCACUUCGAGUUACCUGUUACUUCAGGGGAGAUGGGUAUGGCGAGGGCAGCGGAGGUGAUGGUGAUGGUGGCGGUGGUGUGGGUGGGUGGACAGGGCGUUGAAGUUUUUGGUAUUGGGUCAUCGUCUAGCAUCAUCACCAUUCCUAACUCCCCCAUCACCGCCACUCCAAACUACCCCACCACCACCACUUCGAACCCCCCUCCCAUCGCCUACGUUCACAGUCUCGCGUUUGGUGACUUCAUCGUGGCUCCGGGCUGGGCUACGAACGACCCUGAAGACAUCAGUGACGUUAUACACACGAAAAAUAGAUGCACGUGUCGCAUGGCCUGUCUAGCAAAACCAGGAUGUCAAGGGGCGGUGGCGCUGACAGAGGCGAUUGAUAUGACGGAUGACGACGGGGAAAGGAUGGCGGGUGAAGGGACUGUGAAUGGUGGAUCUGCGAGGGGUGGACAGGAGGCGGCCAUGCGAGGUGAAGGGGCGGGGAGUGGGCGGGCUAAUCGAGGUGUGGAGUGUCGCCUACUUACCAAGAGUCCAGACAACAGUACAUUCCACUCUGAUCCUGAUGCUGUCUACUACUUCUGGACGGCCUCUCUUAAGGACCAUGGCCACUACACGUCCCUUGAUGGCGGGCCGCUGUACCUGGUGGGCGAGAGGCAGGUGAGGUUCAGGGAGGCGGGGGAUGUGUGUAAGCGAGUCCCGGGGCACCGCUUACCGAUGAUCAAGACUAUGGAGCAGCACCAGUACCUCGUCGAACUCACCACACGUAUAAACGGUAUAAUCUGGGUGGACCUUCACGAGAGUAUGACAGGCACCUUGGCGUGGGUGGAUGGCACACCUUUGGUACCCGACCUGCUGGAGCGCGUGAGGGCCGGAGAGCAGGCGGGGAAGGCGGAGAAAGAGGAGUACUUCGCCUUCCACGACGGCUACUUCACGAAGGUGGCGAAGAAUGUCAAGGCUACGCUCGUCUGUCAGACUAAUCUUGGUGGCCUGUGAUGAGAGGGAGGCUAAAGGGAUGAUGAUGAUGAUGAUGAUGAUGAUGAUGAUGAUGAUGAUUUACGCUCUAAGACAGCGGUUUCAUGUCCAAGUAGGCUAACGAUUUUAUUUUCUUUAUCCACGCUCACACGUAAUGUAUUUGAUUUCUGAUUUGAGACUGAAGUGUAAUGAUGGAAUUCUGUCUUCUUGUGGCUGUCUGUUCAUCUAUCUGUUUGCAUAUACUAUACGUCUCUAUCUGUUUGUCUGUCUAUUUCUGUCUCUCUCUGUUGCUCCCAAUUUUCAGCUUUGGCACUAAGAAAUUUUCCCCAUGUUCUUUAUCUCACGCUGCACAGAACUGUAAACUAUUCAGGACAUAUCAAAAUAAAGCA